AUGGUUGGGCUCAUCCAUGCUCCCCGGGGGCAACCAAGAAAUCCCGUGCCAGCCUGCAACGGGAGCCUUCCCCCGCUCCAGCUCCCCGGGGGCAACCAAGAAAUCCCCAAAUCCCUCGGGACAGUCCCGUACGCAAACGCGGACACGAGCCCCGACACUUCACCUGCAAAGGAAAGUCUGGAGGAAACCAGAAACUCCUUGGCAGAGGACAUCACUCCUGAGAAUUUCGCUGGAUGCCAAGAAAAGCGGGAGGAGAGCGUUGGGACACUACAGCAGGGAGCAGCGGAUACCCAGGACACAGGGACCAACGGCCAGGGACCAGGGGAAGGGCCGCGUGGCACCGCGGGGACGCGCACGGAGACCCCGCCGGGCAGCGCCGAGCCCCGAGGGAAUGCGGAGGAGGCAGAGGAGGAGGAGGAGGAGCAGGACACGGAGGAGGAUGAGGUCCAGGUGAUCGAAAUGAAGAAGGAGAAGAGCGAGGGGUCCCGCCCGCAGCAGCCGGACAAGGAGCCAUCGCCCCCGGGCAGCCCCGGUUGCAACUCCCCGCUGGAGAAGCCGGGGGAGCAGCCCGGCCUGGGGAAAAAGAACGACAUCUCCCGGCACAGCUACUCCAGGUACAACACAAUCUCCUACCGCAGGAUCCGCAAAGGAAACACCAAACAGCGCAUCGACGAGUUCGAGUCCAUGAUGCACCUAUGAACUGGCGGGGGAGCGCCGAGCGCACCGAGCCUCUGCUCGGGGCUUGGUCUCCUUGUGUUCCCCCAAAACGUGCUCUCUUCACUCAACACGAGGUCACUGCUUUCCUUCUUUUUGUAUAUGAUUUGUAAUACACGGUGAAAAUUUAACAUCUUGGCUUUGACAGGGGCAGAGGCACCCAUAGCGCAGGAAAAUAAAUAAUCAGUUUGCUAAAUGCA